AUGGAGAUCCGCCUUGACAAUAAAAAGGCUCUGGUGACAGGAGCGGGCCGUGGAAUAGGACGUGGAAUCGUUAAGGGUCUUGUCGAGUGUGGGGCUGAAGUGUAUGCCCUUAGUAUCACGCAGGCUAACCUUGACGACCUUAAGUUGGAGUUUCCGUCCAUCAACACAAUUCAGGUCGACCUAAAGGACUGGGAGGCGACACGAGCCGCCGUGGAAGGCGUUGGGCCUCUGGAUUUACUCGUCAACAACGCAGGCGUGUCGCCGCCACCGGUGCCUUUCGUAGACACGGAUAAGAAAACAUAUGAAGAUGUAUUUAGUGUUAAUCUUAUGGCCGCCAUUAAUGUUAGCCAGGUAGCUGCACGAGGCAUGCUGGCGAGUGGGAAGGGUGGAGCCAUUGUCAACAUCUCAAGUGUGAACUCUUGUAUUGCCAUCAACCAGACCUCGCCCUACAACAUCGCCAAAGCCGGACUGGACAUGAUGACGAAGUGUAUGGCCAUGGAGUUGAGUCCAGCCAUCAGGGUCAACUCUGUUAACCCCACUGUAUGUAUGACGGCCAUGGGAAAACAUCAUUGGUCUGACCCCAAAAAAGCGGAUCCAUGGAAGGCAAGACAUCCAAUGGCCAGGUUUGGAGAGGUAGAGGAAGUUGUCAAUACAGUGUUGUUUCUUCUCAGCGACAAAGCGUCCUACACCACUGGAACAUGCAUUCCUGUGGACGGGGGACUGCUUUGUAACUAGGACUAUAGCUUCCGUAAUAGGCGUCCCGCUGAUAGGCUAUUGCCCUGUAAGUAGGUCACAAACUUCCGAAAUAUUUUCCUGUAGCAGGGUACUGCUCCUCUACUGGGAUGUAAACUUACGGAAUAUGCUCGUGCUUGUUGACACUGUACUGCUCUGUUACAGGGACACUCGUUU